CCCCGUCUGUCCAAUAGUGUGGCGAUCGGCUGUUGAAGCCCCGCCCCCGGCCUCUCUGGCGAGCCAAUCGCCGAGAGGGAAAGCGGGAUCAUCCCACCACCUGGCUCUUCCCUCUCUCGGCUCACUCGAGGACGCGGCCGGGUCGAAGGAAUCUCCGUCGCCACCGCCUCAGCAGGAUGGCGGGCGCCGCCACCGCGGGGCUCCGCGCCUCCUACCACCGGUUCUUGGACCGGAUUGAGCUCAUGCUGCCGCCCCGGCUGCGCCCUCUGUACAACCACCCGGCAGGUCCCAAAACAGUGUUUUUCUGGGCACCAAUUAUGAAAUGGGGUUUGGUAUGUGCUGGAAUGGCUGAUAUGGCCAGGCCAGCAGAAAAACUCAGUACGUCGCAAUCUGCAGUCUUAAUGGCUACAGGCCUUAUCUGGUCAAGAUAUUCUCUAGUUAUUAUUCCUAAAAACUGGGGCCUAUUUACUGUUAACUUUUUUGUUGGCUGUGCUGGUGGUUCUCAACUCUACCGUAUAUGGAGGUAUAACCAAGAGCUAAAAGCCAAGGCACUGGAGAAGCAGCAGUAGAAAUUCUAACUCAUCUCUUUACACCUCAGUUGUAAACAUCUUCCCAAGGGACCUAGUUUUGAUUUUGUUCCAUUUUCUGGUGUAGAUUUUUACUAAAAUAAGUGGUGCAUGUUUUUCUAUACACAAUAGAAAGCAGUCUCUCUACAUUCAAAUAAAUCUUUCAAUGAAACAAAUACAGUAAUUAAAUUAAAAAUAUAAUAAAGUGUCUUUUAAAAAUUA